AUGGCAAAGCCUACCAUCGUCUUCGCCCCUGGCGCCUGGUACCCACCAACUGUCUUCGAUGGGAUCUCCAAGACGUUGCAUGAACAUGGGUACAACUGUCAUACUAUCGCUUUCCCAUCUAUCCAACAAGCCACCGCAGUUCAAGACCUGCAGCCAGAUAUCGCGGCAGUGCGAACUGUGGUCGAGCAAGAGGCUGAUGCUGGCCGAGAAGUGAUCAUCGUUUCUCAUAGUUGGUCCGGGCUCCCCGUGAACAGCGCCCUGGAUGGACUGGAGCGCAUCGACCGUGAAGCCGCAGGGCAGAAAGGGGGUGUGGUCAAGCUGGUGUUCAUCUCGGCUUUUAUCCCGCAAGUCGGCGAGAGCCUAAUCAGCGCAUUUGGUGGGACCCCGCCGCCGUGGUAUGUGCGAGAUGAGGAAAAUGGCACGGUGACAGCUAGUGACCCAUUCGCAUUAUUCUUCCACGAUGCACCCGAUGGCCGAGAAUGGGCCAGCACGCUUCGACCACACGCCUGGAUCACCAAGAACUCACCCGCCACCAGCGCUGCAUACAUGAAGAUCCCAUCUUCGUAUCUACUCUGUGUGGACGACUUUGCUAUUCCCCUUGCUGUGCAGCAGUUGAUGGUGGAUCGGGCCCAGCGACAGGGUGCUAGCAUUGAAACGGAGAAGAUUAAUGCGGGCCACUCACCGUGGCUUGCUCUCCCGGAUCAGGUGGUGGCUUAUAUUCGCAAGCAGGCGGGUGAACAGGCUUAG